AUAAACACAUUAUUCUGAAUCCUGCACUUUGCCGGCUCGUGGCCCGUCUCGUCUUAGAUUGUCGUUUGAUUCAGAAUGGACGUUGACGGUAUGAAUGUGGCCGCAGAGGCCGUCGUGGAAAUAGUGCCGGGACCGGCGAAGGAGCAGCGGCCACCGCAAAAAAGACGGGAGAGGGUGCGAAAUUCUAUCGGCGUGCUGGUCGAGACCCUGCGUAUUUUUGAGGCCGUCCGAGAGGCCGCCGAGGAAGAAGAGCAAAAAGAGCAGUCGCCAAAAACCAGCGAAGAUGAGGCGGAGGUCAUAGAAGACAAGGUUCAAAUAAUUUUGAGCGAUUCGACGAGUCCGGAUAGAGGCACUCGGAAGCGGAAACAGAGAAAGAAGAAGAAGAAGAAUGUGCCGGAAGAGGUGGACCACCCGGGCCUGCACAAAUAUUGGACAAGGCGGUAUCAACUAUUUUCAAAAUUCGACGAGGGCAUUCAAUUAGACCAAGAGUCCUGGUUUUCUGUAACUCCGGAGGAAAUUGCCAAGCAUGUUGCCGAGCGGUGUCGGCAAUGCGACGUCGUCGUGGAUGCCUUCUGCGGCGCCGGAGGCAACACCAUCCAGUUUGCCCUUAAUUGCCGCAGAGUGAUAGCAGUGGACAUCGACCCUGCCAAAAUUCUUUUAGCGACAAACAACGCGCGGGUGUACGGCGUCCAAGACAAAAUCGAGUUCAUCUGCGCCGAUUUCAUGCAAGUGGCGGCCACACUCAAAGCGGACGCCAUCUUCCUGAGUCCUCCGUGGGGCGGACCGGAUUACACACAGAAGCAGGUGUUCAACCUGGAAGAUCUGAGCUGCGUUGACGCCAAAGAGAUGUUCAAGGUGGCCAAGACGGUCAGCGAAAAUGUAAUCAUGUACAUGCCCAGGAACACAAACAGAAAACAGCUGAUGAGCCUAGCGGGCGUUGGCAACCUGGUGGAGAUAGAGCAAAGUGUGUUCCGCAGCAAGGUCGUCGCGCUCACCGCCUAUUUCGGAAAACUGAUCGACAGCAACUUUUAAAACGGACUGAAUAAAAUUUAACUAAACAUA